AAGAAAGGUUCAUUCUCGUCUUUUGCAGAAGAGCUUAAAACAUUGUCUCCCUUCAAGAUGUGCGUGUGCGGUCUGUGCCACGUCUUGAGCCUGAUGAUUGUCAGCAUUGUCCUGGCUUGUGUGGACGGAUGUGACAUUGCUCCGGCCACCUGUGGGGCCCAGGCACCAGGGGACGUCAUCAUAGGGAUAGUGUUGCCAUGUCAUCGUAAAGUCAAUGCAAUUCAGGAGCGGAUUAGACCGGACAGCUUCCACUGCUCAGAUUUUGAUCAACGAUCAUUCAUUAAAUCCUUGGCUAUAAUUCAUGAAAUCGAGCAGAUAAAUGCAGCUGGUUUCCUCCCAGGAGUGAAGCUUGGAUAUUUGAUGUGUGACACGUGCGCACAUGCAAGCAAAGCAUUGCACAUUGUAGGGCAGAUACUUGCAGUCAACGCGUCUGUGGAUGGAAUGUGCAACUACACUAACUUCAGGCCCAGAGUCAAGAUUAUUUUAGGAGCACACUACUCUGAGACGACCGUUGCUGUGGCCAGACUGCUCAGUAUCUACAUGGUUCCUCUCCUAAGCAGCACAUCAUCGUCACCAGAACUGAGUGAUAAGCUGAAAUACCCACCUUUCCUCCGAACUAUUCCCAGUGAUAUUCAUCAGACCAAAGCAGUGGCCAGUAUGAUGCGUCACUACAGAUGGAACUGGGUCGGGAUUGUGUAUGGCGAUGAUGAAUAUGGCAAAGCAGCCUUUGAGAGCUUCGUCAGGGACGCUGAGGCUAAUUCUGUGUGCUUGGCAUAUCAAGGAGUGUUGCCUCAUUACCUUGAUCAUCCACAAAUCCAGCAACGUGUCAAGCAGGUCGCUGAGCAGAUCCGUUCCUCAAAGGCCCAGGUGGUCGUGGUAAUCCUCAGAGAAGAGUUGGUGGAGAUCCUCUUUCAGGAAAUGAUCAGGACCAACACGUCCAGGACUUGGAUUGCCAGUGAUGCUUGGUCCAGAAGCUGGUCUCUUGCCCAGAUGGAUGGCAUUGACAGGGUUGGGGACAUCUUGGGCUUCACCUUUAUUGCACAGAAGAGUAAAUCAUUUGAUAAUUACUUGAGGAAUCUUACAGUGACUCCAGGAGGAUACAACCACUUCAUUGAAGAAUACAAGAACCUGAGAUUUAAUUGUUCCUCUGACUGUUUCUCAACUGAAUCCCAAUCCUUUUGUCCCUCACCUGACCCAAUGAAAAUUAAAUCUAGCAGCGCAUGCAAUCUCAGCAGUGUCCAAGAUCAGAACGAUGACUAUCUUGUGACGUCCCUUGACACGAGUGAAGCUUUCCUUCAUAGGGUGUCAGUGUGGGCCACAGCACAUGCUCUCAAAAAGCUGCUGAGGUGCAACAGCUCUUCAUGCUCGGGAGAAAUGGACUUUGCUCCAUGGGAGCUUCUUAGAGAAUUGAAGAAGGUUCAAUUUCAACUUGACGACCAAACUUUUUACUUUGACGACAAUGGUGAUUUUGUAACUGGGUAUGAUCUGAUCAUAUGGGAAAAAUACGGACACCGCAGAAGAUUUCGCAGAAUUGGGAAAUACCAUGUCCUUAGUGAACAAAUACAACUGGACGUGGACAGUUUCACCUGGCAUUUAACUGGCAAUAUCACGGCCCCUGAGUCGAGAUGCUCAGAGAGCUGUCCCUGUGGUUUGGUGAAGAAGAUCUUAAAUGUAUCCUGCUGUUACAGCUGCACACACUGUGUGGAGGGGACCUACUCAGAUGAUUCAGAUCUCGAUGAGUGCAAAGUGUGUCCCACUGGAACCUGGUCUCUGAAGGGUUGGGAUCAGUGUAAGCCAAGACUGGAGUCCUACCUGAAAUGGAGUGAUCCCCAUUCCAUUGCAGUGACUGCAGCAGCAGUCUUUGGCCUUUUAAUUUUACUGGUUACCUUAAUUCUCUUUGUUGUUUACAAAGAUUCACCACCGAUGAAAGAAGCUGAGGUGAGACUGUCCUGUGUGAUGGUGUCUGGUCUGGCAGUGAGCUUUGCCAGUGUACCAUGCUUCAUAGGAAAACCUAGUGUCCACCUCUGCCGGGCCCGCCAACUCAUGUAUGCCAUGGGCUUUACCUUGUCUGUCUCCUGCAUCCUGGUCAAGGCCAUUCGUACUUUCCGGGAUUUCGUUCCCUUUGGACCGUUAAGCAGACGACUACACAAACUUUACAACCCACCUGUUAUUAUUACUGUGACCACUGCUGUCCAGGGAGUUAUUUGUCUUCUUUGGCUCAUCUUUGAUUCUCCUGAUAUUGAUGAGAAACCUCCUGCUGAGCAAAGCAUGGAAAAGAAAGUCCAGUGUACGGAGGGGGACACAUACAUUGGUUUUGGUAUAAUGCUGAGCUACAUCGGUCUAUUGGCGCUGGUUUGCUUCUUCUUGGCCUUCAAAGGCCGGAGGGUUCCUCAGCAGUUCAGUGAAACAGGGUAUAUCAUUUUUAGCAUGCUGAUGUACUUGUUUGUAUGGGUGUGUUUUAUUCCACUCUAUAUCACCAGAAAUGAAGAAGGCACUCUGGUGCAGGUUUCAGCCAUUCUAGUGUCCAACUAUGGCAUCAUCUUAUGCCAUUUUUUACCCAAAUGUUUUCAAGCACUUCACAGGAAAAGGAAUGCCCCUCAAACAGCAAUCAGGCUAACAAGAAGUAGAAGUACAUCCCUUUAAAACUUCUCUUUUCUGAACAUGGACAUAAACUAAGAUAUCCACAUUCAAUUCAAUUCUUCAUACUGUUGAAAACUUGCUAUUUCAGGUUUUUUAAAUUGUGGUUGUAUAGAUACCGGAACAUAAUCAGCACUGCGUCCACUGUGCAUGUCCCCCGGGUCUCCCUGGUAACGCUAACCCGUGUCUGAAAGCAGGUAUACAAGGGAGAAGAGAUUUGAAUAAUAGUCUAUAUCCUCUGCUGUUGUGACAGCACACCAGGUGACGCUAACAGCCUCACAAGUUAAACACCUGCUUCUUCACUCAGUGAACAUGUGAUGCUUGAUGUUUGAAUGACACUGCUGGCUCUAAACCAAAGGAACCCUUCAUGAUGACGAACGUACCUUGAACCUUUGGUGCAGGAGAGUGAGCAGUUGACAAGUUUCAGUUUGUUUUUUUCAGUUCGCUCUCUAUGAAAACAUGGUGGCUUCUUCUGGAUAGAGCACCACCCCCUCUGGCUUACAGCUUUUUGUUCCAGUGGCCACUCAUGGUACUGCAACAGAAACACACUCAUGUUGCCUAAAAAGCAAUUCUAUAGAGCACAAUAAUAAAAGGGAAGUCUGUAAAACUGUUCAAUUUGAGACAUGGACAUAUGCAUAUUUAGAUGUUUAUAUUCUAUUUUUUAUACUUUGUUUUUGUACAACCUUGUUAAAGGCCAAAGCCCAGAAGAAUCUCUGGCUCAGCAGUUUCCUCAGCAGUCUCACGUCUGUUGUCUCCAUGUUGUCUUGUUCUUCUGUGAGCUUGCUUUUUAUCUUAUUUCCAGAUCAAAACUUGGUACCAUUCUAAAAAAAAUGGUAAUAAUUAAUAAACAUACAACAUAAAUGCAAGAUCAUUUAAUAAAAUGUGUAUUAGAGCUAUUGCUGUAAGUGGAAUUAGCAUUUUGUCUGGCUGUCUGUUCUGGACAUGAUUGUUGUAGGUGAUAAUGGUCCCUGUAAUAAAACUAUGGUUGUAAUAAACAUGGUGUAGGUUGCACCGUAGUGAACUCCUGCGGAGCUCAUGCAGAUGCACCUGCGGCCUGUUACCAGUGAUGCCA